CCUGGAGUUUGACUCAGCCAUCCGCGGGUCAACGUAUUGAGCCAUGGGUCUGAAGCGGCCGGCGGAUGUUGAGAAGGUUGUGGUGCAAGAGAUCGACGAAGAGAGCGAGGAGGCCCCGGAGCCCCCGCCGCCGUCGCGCGCAGCUCCUGUCGCGCCAGUCAGCGCGCAAAGUAGCGCAAGCGCGCCAAGCCGGCCCAGGCCGCACAAGGAGCAGGCGGUGCGCUGGCGCUUCUCCCCAGCAGCCGAGGCCAUUGACGACGCCCGCUGCUACGCGCGUGUGCAGAUGGAUAGCCGUGUUCAGCAAUGCAGCAACCCUCGCGCUGGCAAGGACUGGUUUUGCCUGAAGCACGGAGAAGGGCGGUGGCAGAUCCUGGGUCGAGUGGAUGGGCCUAUCCCGAAGGUUCAGCUUUCGCAGCUCCUCAAAACUGCGGCUGCGGAUGAGGCAGCAAGCGGCGUGAAGGUCUUGCGGAGAGCGAGCCUGGAGGCCAUGGAGCCCCGUGAGCGGAACCGCCGUCUCGAGGACAAGGAGAAACUGCUGGACCGGCCUCAUGAAGAGGUUGUGAGCCAGCUGCUCAAGCAGCAGGAAGACGAGCUUUGGCGAGAAGUCUUGCGCGUUCAUGAGCUGGAGGACAGCUGCGCGUGACAACGGAGUGCUGCGCCUUGUGCCAAGCUGGCUGAACAUGAGCGGGCA